AUGCUGGAGAAUAUUCAGACACAGAGCAGAGCCAUCAGCUAUGCAGGCUGCAUCACACAGAUGCUUUUCUUCAUAUUCUUUGUACCACUGGACAACUUUCUUUUGGACUUGAUGGUCUAUGAUCGGUUUGUGGCCAUCUGUCACCCCCUGCACUACUUGAUCAUUAUGAACCCCUGUGUUUGUGUGCAGUUCAUUUUGAUAUCCUGGGUGAUCAUUGUCCUGAACUCACUUGUUCACAGCUUAUUGAUGCUGCAGCUGAACUUCUGCAAAGAUCUGAAAAUUCCCCACUUUUUCUGUGAAUUGGACCCGGUAAUCCACAGUGCCUGUAAUGACACCUUUCUAAAUGUUGUGAUCAUAUAUGUUACUGCUGUGUUGCUUGUGGGAGUAUCCAUGUCUGGGGUCCUGUACUCUUAUUCCAAGAGCAUCUCCUCCAUCCAUGCCAAAUCGUCAGCUCAGGGCAAGUAUAAAGCCUUUUCCACCUGUGCCUCUCACCUCUCUGUCAUCUCCUUCUUUUAUGGUACAGGACUGGGUAUGUGCCUCAGUUCAGCUGCUACGCACAACUCACACUCAACAGCCACGACCUUGGUGACGUAG